AUGAAAACCUGUAAAUCCAGUAAUUUGGAUUCAGGUGUAGAAUCAGACAGCCAGUGUGGAAGUGGACCAGGCUGCGUUGUGAAGUGCAGUUCAGAAAGGAUGGAGAACGCUGCCAAGAGAAGACUGGCUGCCAAUGCCAGGGAGAGAAGACGGAUGCAAGGACUGAACACAGCCUUUGAUCGUUUGAGAAAGGUGGUUCCACAGUGGGGUCAGGACAAGAAGCUCUCCAAGUACGAGACCCUUCAGAUGGCUUUGAGUUAUAUCAUGGCUCUAACAAGAAUACUUGCUGAAGCAGAAAGAUACAGUACUGAAAGAGAAUGGAUACGACUUCACUGUGAACACUUUCAUCCAGAGAGCUACCACCAUUAUACGGGACAAAAAAUGGCAACGGACAGUGAUCCUUACACACAGCGAAUACUCAGCUAUCACCCUGAUCACUUUCAAAUAGCUAAUUAG